UGGAGUCAAGUGAAACCAGUUUGCAAUGCAAAAAAAGUCUUAAAAUUUGAUGAAUAAAUAGUUCCAGUAAAACUAAUCGCUUAUGUAUAACAUAAUUUAGGGCAGGCGUCCAUGUAACUAUAGGGUCAUAGUGCAUAAGAUCUUCAAUAACGUUAAAAAUGUCCCAAACACAGACUCAAACGCUGCACAGAUCGGUUGUAAACCCGACACGAAACCAUGAUUAUCUUUAUGAUGCCAAUUACACUUUAUCAAGUGAAAGAGAUCAUGCCCGGGACACUUUCAAGGCUCAUACUAAAGUUGAACGAGUUAAGCGAGUCCCAGAGUUUCAGCAAAUGUUUUCUGCCUUGCCUCACUACCCAAGGUUCCAAGUGAGAUUGGAAGCCACAGAUCCUGUUCCAAAGUUUAUCAACCGCAGAUGGAGAGGAUAUGCUGCACAGAACCGUGAAGCUAUGAUCAGAUACACAACAUUCAACUAUGAUCCAUCAGUAAAGAUACCAGCUGUAAAACAUGAAGAUGCGAAAGUGAGUGGUCAGAACCGAUACAAAUAUUUCCGCAGACCAAUUAUCCCUUUUCUGCAACAAGUACCACCAGAAGUUCUCCUGCAACCGACAAUGGUUGACCCUCUGGCACCUCCUAAUGACAUGAUGCAACGCGCAGUCACCCCUGCCACGCGUACCAUAGAGAUUCAAACUGAUUAUCGGGACUCAGAGGCGCAAACAGAUCCCUUUACCCCGGAGUAUGUUGUGCGUCCAGGAAGCGCCCCAGAGCUCCUUACCCUUGCUACGUUGACCCAUGGACAUGGACUUCCUGCUGGUUUGGCCGAGGUUGAAAUGAUAGAGAGAGCUCGAGCAAAGAGAGCUUGGGAGAAAACUCUUCCUCCUCUUAAUGAUGUUUCUCAACUUGAUCGGAGACAAAAGAUGAUGGAUGAGAUGGAAACAAAAGAGUGGGCAAUACGUGAGAUUGAGAUUGAAAAACUUCAAGAAGCCAGGCUUGAAGUUCUUAAAACACUCUUACUUCAACGGGAAGCCAAGCAACAAGAACUUAAUGAUAAGCGCCUUGAUAAACUUUGGAGCAAGAAACAAAGAGCAAAAGAGGAAAAAAUUCAAAAGAUUCGAAAGGAACACAUAAAAACAAUUCGAAAACUUACUCGUAAGAGAGAAAAGGUUGAGGGAAAACUUGAGCGAAGAGACUUGGUGAAUGAGUACAGCAACUUUGGAUCACAGGUUCACGCUCCUGCAUCGAGAGUUGGUGUCUUCCUUGAUCGAGGGUCAGAGCAAUUUGUAGUAAAGAGUAGAUACCUCAGCACUUUCCAUGGUUUACUUGAGCUUGAAUCUUCUCUCCCAAGCUUUGUCACUCAACCAAGAUAUCGAGCUCCAAAGAAAGCAACAUCAGCCAAGGAAGGUUUUGUGAAGAGAAAGGAAAGGAAGAGCAAGGAGCUAGCAGAGAUGCACCAGACAAUUAAGGAAGCUAAGCAGAUGGGUAAAGAGCAACUGAAGCCGCUGAGAUUUCUCCAGAAAGUUGAGAAACCGAUUCCAAGACCACCAACCCCAACUGUGGAAGUUCCUUCUCAGGAGACGGAGCAGACAGAGCUUGCUUCCAUUCUCCUCCAGAAGGUAAUCCGAGGAAGAGCAGUGCAAAAUAUGAUGUACGAAGGUAAGGAGAAGAGACUCGAGCUGAUCCAGGAAAUCAGAAGUACCCACGCUCUUCAAGCUGCUCAACAACAGAUGAAGAGACAGGAGAAGCAAAAUGUUGUAACAUUGCAGAGGCAGAGAAGAUUGUAUCAGCACAAGGAGUCAUUUGUGGACGAAGCUUUGUCACAGUUGGAGGGUGACUCAAUUGCUGAUAUGCUUGAUUUCCUCUCUAAAGAACUCAUCAGGCUUGAAGAAGAAAGAAGGAUUCAUGCUUUCAGCAUGUUGGCUGAGAGACGAAGGAGGAUCAGGGAAGCGGAGGAAUCUGGGAGGAGGCAGGUCGAAGAGAGAAGGAGGAGGGAAGAAGAUGAGAUUUUCAAACAAUUGAUGAAGGUUCACCAGUCCACGGUUGAUACAUACUUGGAAGAUAUAAUAAUUACUUCAGUUGAUAAAACUGCAGAUGAACAAGCAAGAAAAGAGAUUCGAGAUCAAGCAGACACAAUAAAUGAUGUGGCUUACGAAUUAGAAGAAAGACGCACAUUGCUUCAGUCAGAGGAAAUUGUAUCAGAAUUAGUUCACAGCUUCUUGCUUCCAGAGGUUCUCAAAGUGGAUGCAAGGCAAAGAGUCAAACUGGAGCAACGGAAGCACCUUCUAGCUGCUCACAAGAUCCUACAUGCAACAACUGAACCAAUUAUAGACGGAACAUCAACUAGCAACCAACCAGAACAAUCAUGAUAACACAAAAUUUCAACACAUGUCUAGAAAUCUCUUUUGUUAUUUUGUAGUGCCUGGUUCAGUUGCUUUUUUGUUUAAAAUAGGUUUUGCUGUCGGGUUGAUCUCUGUUAUAUAUAUAGUAGGCCCUGCCCUGAUUGCAAAAUUGUUUAUUCAUGAGAAUAAAAUACUGUAUU